GUGUUGUUGGCGAUAAAAAAGUUCGCAAAGGUUGUCAGCGGUAGACGAGGGAGUGGAUCUUUAUGUUUAAAUGCAGUAACUGUGACAUAAUUAACCAAGAUUUUAUAUAAUUGUGAGACAAUAAUAUUCAAUAUGUGCAACCUACCGCCGAAAUUCUAUGAACUCUGUCGUCUUUGUUUAUCGUGUGAUGGUGUAAAAUCGUCUAUUUUCGACGAUGAAGGAACUCAGCGUAACUUUCCGCUGAAAAUUAUGACGUGUUUAUCAUUAUUGGUGUCUGACAGAGAUCUAUUGCCACCGUCUAUAUGUCACCGCUGUGUGUACAAACUUGAUGUACUCUAUGACUUCAGGGAAGUCUCAAGAAAAUCAGAUGUGAUCUUAAAACAGUAUUUGAGCUACACAGAGCAACUUGCUCGGGCGACAGCACAGGAAAAGAGAGUGGCCUCUCCUAUCAAUUGCAGCAUGCAAAAUGAAAAUAAUGUGGCUGAAGAUUCAUUGCCCCAAAAUGAACAGAGAAGUGAUUUGGAUAAAACGAGCACACCCUCGCCAUUGGAAUUACGAAUAAAGAAUGAGAUUAGAAAUGACACAGGAGAUGAUGCAGACACUGGCAGUGAAUCUGAGAAGUCAUUGAGGUUUAACGGAACUGCUCAUGGCUCAGAGUAUGGUGGAAGUGGUGGAAAUAAUAGUGGAAGUGGUGGAGAGGAAGAAACAAGUGAAUUGGACACAUCCAAUGUAUCCACAAACACUACACUAGAAAAUGUGUACGUGAAGGUAAAAGUUGAAGGAGGACAGAGUCCUCCCCGAGAACAGCAAACGAUGACAGAUGAUGAAGGCUGUGCAACUGACUAUGAGGAUGAACAGUGGCCACAACCAUCUCAGCCAGCAAUGGAGCAUGAAUCUUCAGGGAAGGCCCGCAUUGAUGUGCCAACUAAUGGUGGAGGUGGUGAAGCAAGCACAUUAUUGCGUACACUCAUCUCUUGUCGGAAACUCGGAUUGACCCCUAGCGAUGGAGCUCAUCAGGCUCCACAUACAGAUAGUGUGGGAUCUGGAGCAGUACUAGGUAAUUGCACUAACCAGCCACCAACAAUAACCGGAGAUCGCCGAAAACAGAGUUUUCCCACACGAGCUAUAGCAGAGGACUGGGGAGGAGCAGCACAUCAUCCUCCUGACUUCACUGGCAACAAUCCUUGGUGCAAUCUCUCACCAGCAGCAAGAUCAGGGAGGCAACAACUGGCAGCACGGCGAGUGGACUUAUCAUGUACUAAUUGUGGUACCAUGACAACUACUAUAUGGCGGCGCAACCCAGAAGGUGAAAUGGUCUGCAAUGCCUGUGGAUUGUAUUACAAGCUUCAUGGAGUGAACAGGCCAGUUACGAUGCGAAGAGAUACAAUACAUACAAGGCGUCGAAGGCCAAAAGGGGACAAGAAUUCUCCAAACCAUCGCCAUCGUUCCAAAGCAGCCAAUGGAAAUAUAGCUACAGAGGAGCCAGCAGACAUGCUGGCAGCUUUACGUCGACAAAUACAACCGCAUCUAAUGUUGGCGCUGCAGGCGGCGCCAGGACUUCCUCCACAUUCGCAGGGACAUCCUCCACAUGGUCCUGCUUCGUUGUCAGUCAUCAAGUCAGAGCAAGAUUCUGCAACUGCUGGGGGCUCCGACAAUGAAUCUGAGGAACAUGAUAGGUCAGGUGAAAAUGACCUAUCUGACCUCCCCCUUAAUUUGGUGGCAACCAGCUUAGCUGAUUGAUAAUUGAACAGAAAGUCACUGUAACACAGGGAUAAACUCAGGUUCUGUUGCUUCAAGAGUAAUACACAAUAUGCACUGGCACAUACAAAAUUAAAGAAAAUGGCUUUGGAAUAUGCAGAUGUUGUAAGAGAUCAAUUAUCCUAUUUUAAAUAACAAUCCAUAACAGUAAUAAUUAUGCUCUACAAAUGUAUUAUAAUUUUUAAAAUAAUUUCAUCAUAUUUGGUAAUGAUAUGACAUUCAUAUAUUUCAGUAUUGAAACCACGAUUUCCUCACACUUAUAUGAAAUUUAGAUAACUGCAGUGAAAUAAUUUUCUGUUGCUUAACGAAGAGCACAAAUCUGAAGAAUUAUGGCAAGUUUCCUUUGUCCUGUGUGAUCAGUUUCAUUUUGUGAGAAAAUCAUUCUACAACAGAGAAAUCACCAGUAAUGUUUUCUAUCACCUACAAGCUCAACAUCCAGGAAGGUGCCCAACUGUUAUUUUUCAAAAAGCUAAGUGUCCUACUGAAGACAAAGCUGUCAUGUUGAAAUGUGACAACAAAAAUAUACAAAAGCUCAAUACGAGCAGCAUGUGCAUUUCUUUCCAGCUUUUAUGGCUGAAGAUAAACAGUAAACAACACUGCUGGUGCUGCUGAGUCCUGACUAAGAUAGGGCCAGUGCAAAUGUGAGAGGACAACGUUUGUGUGCAAAAAUGUUGUUUUCACAUUUUUUCUUAAUUUCUACUACAGAAACAAAAACUGCAGUAAAAUGUGAAAAAUUUUAACGUGAAAUCCCAUAUUUGUGAAUUUUAUUUUCUAAUUCCUUGAAAUUCAUUUAUUCACCUCACCUGUUGAUACACUUUUGAAAACAAAUUGGACUCCAUAAAUAAUUACUUGCUGUCAUUUUAAAAACUGGAAAAAUCAGCAGAUGUUUGGUUGUACCCUGUCACAUUCGUCACAUUAGUUGUUCAGAAGUGUUUUGAUGAUGCUACUGAGGACAUUUAUCAUUGAAAUAUAACAGAAACCAUUUUGUUCAUCGCAAGGCCAGUUGUCAGAUGUACUUAUUUCUGCAACCAUUUCAACGACUCCAGAAAAUACUUGUGUCUCAGUAAAUUCUACAAAUGUGCUAGCAGCACCUUAACAAACCCUCUGUGGCAUUAUUUUGGAAGUAACAAGACAGACAGAUUUGCUGUGCUUAUAGCAACAUUUUAACUGUGGUUUCAAAGUAAAA